UCUUCGUGAAUUUCCACCCUUAGAUUUGCUUAGAGUCACUCAGAUUGUUGGAUAAAUUGGGAUAAAUACUUAGAUAAAGUGCAAUAGUGGGUGUAAUCUUCAAAUGUCUUCAAAGUUCAGCGGCUAACCCACUCCACCUAUUGUACUCAAUAUUUCUUUGUUUUUUUUUUUUCGUUCAUCCGUUGUUUAAUAUUUAAUCCAACAAAAAUACUUAUCAAUAUUUAUAUUUUCAAUUCAUCAAGUGUAAUCAAGUGUCAGCCGUUCAAUGUCAAUGUUACCAAAUAAUGGAGCAGAUGCAGGUGGUGAUGAGCCUGCAGGUGGAGAAUCACCAAUUGGAGGUCUAGGUUUGGAAUCAGUACGACUACUUGACCAAAUGUUACAAAUAAUCAGAAGUCCAAAUACACCUACACCAGAACAACAAAGCCAAAUAAUACAAAUACUCAAAAGUAAUCCACUUUUGAUGGCUGUCUUUCUACAAGAAACUUGUAUUGAUUUAGAACCUGGCACACAAAUAUUACCAGCUGUAUUACAAAUUGUUGAACGAGUUUUUGAACCAUUACAAAACGAACCAGCAAAACAACAAGCACCACAUGGUGAUUAUGGAAAAGUUAAUCCAUCAAAUAUUGGACCAGUUGGUGUACAAAGUGAUGGUAGUGUCAGUACUGUUAGUGGUGUUAUGCAGCCAUCAACAAUACAACGUUCAAUGCCUGUACAAAUGUCAAAUAAUCCACAAGAUACACAUCUUAUGCCAAUGGAGCAAUUAGAACCAAAAUAUCAACCAAAGGUUGUUGUGCAACGAUUAUUACAAGUACUCAGAAGUCCAAGUACACCAGAAAAGAGAACCCGAAUAUUAUUAAUACUCAGAAACUAUCCACCUUUUAUGGCUGCAUUGAGCAAACUAACACAGCAUCAUAUGGCCCAACAACCUGCUAAAGCUGUUAGCCAAAUAGGUUGUCGUCAACAACGACUAGAACAACAACAAAAACAGCAGCAGCAACUUGAACAAUUAAAGAAAAUAUUUCAUUCAAAUUUACCAAAUAAGGCUAAUAUUAUAUACCGAAAGCUCCUGGGUAAUCCACAACUGGUGUCGAAAUUUAUUAAAUACAAAAAAAAGAUAAUCAACAAUAACAACAACCACCAAGCACACAAAUGCAAAAUACAAGUUCAAUCGGUUAAAAGCAGUUAAAAGUACCAACACAUUGUGCUGUUCAAGAUGAUGAAAAAAAAAUAAAAAAUAAA